AUUUGAAUUCCGAACUCGUCGCUAUAUGUAGUUGGCGGGAAAAUUUUAUCAAAUUUCACAAACGAUUUGUCAACGCAUGUUCAAACAAUGAAUAAUAUAAAAUUAACAAAGUUUCACCCGUGUAUACUAAUCUCGAUAUCUAUAAUAUUAAUGUGGAAUAUAAUUGCUUUAAAUUGUGAUAAUAACGUAGAGCGAUACCAAGAAAUUUUGGAUGAUUUACCAAAAGAUUCGGACUUAGAGCACUAUCUUGCAAUUUUGGAGAGAGCGGUAGAUUUCUGUGUCGAUAACAAAUUUGACGUGGAUAUAAACUUAGACUUUGGCUUGUUUUUGACUGGAGUGACCCUACAGCAGGUUUUAAGAGAAAAAGGACAGGAAUUGCCACCAGAAAUUGUUUUCCGUUUAGAACAAUUGCUCCUUAAGUAUGACGAAGUAAAGGAGAUCUUCAACAAUGAUAAGGACAUAAUAAGUGGAAUCGGUAUGAAAUCACAAUUAUCAUACCUGAUAUACAACAUAAGUGCAUGGCCAGUACCUUUGGAAAAGUUCAAUUUAGAACUUCUGAAACGCACAAACACAUACGAUGAAAAUCAGUUGAAGGAAAUUUAUGGACAAUGGGAAACUUACAUAAACACUAUCACAGACUAUUAUAAUUUCAAUCCCCCAAUUGAGGAUUCUGACCAGUGUGUGGCACGUUUGGCGUUUCUACCUGCAUAUACACAGACUCGGAAACCUCAAACUAGAUGUAGAUUGCCAGCGUUUUGUAUUAAGUACUCGCUUGAAGGAGAUGAUUUUGGAUAUGGAUUAGCGCACAGACUUUUACUCUUUAUUAUGGCAAAAUAUUCUCGAAAUUGUGCAGUUUUUGCCGAAAACGUUGACAAAUACAAAAUGGGCGGGUUUUGUUCAAUGUUAUAUGUUGAAUGCCAGUAUAUUGCGCUUAACGAUUUUGGUAUGCCCGAUUUGUUUUUAGAAAUCAUUGCACUCUGCGGGUUGCUAGGGCACGCUCAGUUUUUAACCAAUUCUUGGAUGGAAAUCCUUACAGCGUGUCAAACACCAGACGGUUACUUUAAUGGAAAUAUACUUGGAUUUGAACAUUCACUGAAUCUUAAACAAAAAGAGCUAAUGCAACAUACGACUGGAGUCGCCGUCGCAGCAGUUGCCAACGUCAUCAGAUACAUCGCAGAAACCCAUUAUUAAUUGACCCUAAAUCUAGUAUCCAAUAUUAUUUGUAUAAAAAUCCUUGGAUCUUAUAUCUUAAAGUGGAAUUCCCGUAAUUUAUUAUUUUUAUUUUAGAAUCCUACUACUAUUAUAAAGGCGAAAGUUUGUAAGUAUGGAUGUAUGGAUGUUUGUUACUCUUUCACGUAAAAACUACUGAAUGGAUUUGAAUGAAACUUUACCACAUUAUACCUUAUACAUCAGAAUAACACAUAGGCUACAAUUUUUGUCCACGCGAACGAAGUCGCGGGCAAAAGCUAGUAUUAUAAUAAUUAAGAAGAGAUCACGGUUCCACAACGCGCCGUAGCCAUAUUUUACGUUACACGCAUAUACUUUUUCCAUGUAC